AUGAAGGAGCAGGUGUGGGCUUUGGAGAAGAAGGAUGAGGAAGUCGGCAGUUGCCGGAGGACAACACUGGGAAACUUACAGAGAAAGCAUUUCCUGGAUUAUCCUCAUCAGGCCUCUACGAACACGCCACUCUUCUAUGCUACUCUGGCUGUGAUUCAAAUCAUUGCCCAGGUAGAGAAGAUAGCUGAUUUCUCAGUCUGGAGUGUCAUCCUCAGAGCGAAGGAAGAGGGUGAUCAUGUAUGGCUGAAAUCCCAUUCAGGCAAAGAGUUUAAUGUGCCCAUUGGGGCAGUUGUGAAAGUAUCUAACUUGGGACGAUUCUUGCUGGAGGAUGAUGAAGGCAAGGAACACUGGAUCACAGCUCAAAAUAUUAGCGCAAUGCAACCAAUGCAUGCUGCCUCCAUCCAAGGAGUGGAAGAUAUGAUACAUCUUGAAGAGAUGAAUGAAGCUGGCAUGGUACACAACCUAUAUAUCCGCUACAAAGAGAAUAAAAUCUAUACCUACACAGGAUCUAUUCUUGUAGCCAUCAAUCCAUAUCAAGUGCUGCCACUGUAUACCAUGGAACAAAUCCAGCUGUACUGCAACAGGAGGAUUGGGGAACUGCCUCCUCAUGUCUUUGCCAUUGCUGAUAAUUGUUAUUUCAACAUGCUGAGGAAUAAGAAAGAUCAAUGCUCUGUCAUUAGUGGAGAGUCUGGAGCUGGGAAGACUGAAAGCACAAAAUUAAUGUUGCAGUUCUUAGCUGUCAUUAGUGGUCAACAUUCCUGGAUUGAACAACAAAUUCUAGAAGCCAAUCCCAUUUUGGAAGCCUUUGGCAAUGCUAAAACAAUUCGAAAUGAUAACUCAAGCCGCUUUGGGAAAUACAUUGACAUUCACUUCAAUCAAGAUGGUAUAAUAGAAGGAGCUAGAAUUGAACAGUUCCUUCUGGAGAAGUCUCGAGUGUGUCGCCAGCCUCCUGAAGAAAGAAACUAUCACAUAUUUUAUUGCAUGUUAAUGGGGAUGAAUCUGGAACAGAAAAAAAUGUUGAAUCUUGGCACUACUUCAGAGUAUACUUACCUAACUAUGGGCAAAUGCACUUUCUGUGAAGGCCGUAAUGAUGCCAAGGAAUAUGCUCAUAUAUGCUCAGCUAUGAAAAUUCUCAUGUUCUCUGAUUCUGAGCAGUGGAACAUAAGUAAAUUGCUGGCAGCCAUUUUGCAUCUAGGAAAUGUAAAAUUUGAAGGUGUUGUGUAUGAAAAUUUGGACUGCUCUCAUAUUCUUGAUUCUGUACAUUUUUCCACUGCAACCAAACUGCUAGAGGUGGAUUCUAAAGAACUCCACAAGAGCCUUACAAACCAUUCCAUCAUCAUCCGAGGGGAAAGUGUCUCUACGCCCCUAAGUGUGACUCAAGCAGCCGAUGUGAGAAAUGCCUUUGUCAAGGGAAUCUAUGGAUUCCUCUUCAUCUGGAUAGUGAAUAAGAUCAAUGAUGCAAUUUGUGGUCCUUCUUCUCCAGAUGAGAAAAAAAUGUACAAAUCCAUUGGACUCCUGGAUAUAUUUGGCUUUGAAAACUUUAACACUAACAGUUUUGAGCAGUUUUGCAUCAACUUUGCCAAUGAACAUCUCCAGCAAUUCUUUGUACUCCAUAUCUUCAAACUGGAGCAGGAGGAAUACUUAGCUGAGCAAAUCUCCUGGAACCAUAUUGACUUCAAGGAUAACUGUGCCGCCUUAGAAGUCAUUGUACUCAAACCCAUGAACAUUGUUUCACUGAUUGAUGAGGAAAGCAGAUUUCCCAAAGGGACAGACACCACUAUGCUAAACAAAAUCAAUUCACAUCAUAGCAGAAGCAAAAUCUACAUUCCUCCAAAGAAUGUCCAUGAUACAAUUUUUGCUAUCAACCAUUUUGCUGGAGUUGUUUAUUACCAGUCAAAAGGUUUCCUUGAGAAAAACCGUGAUAUGCUUAGCUCGGACAUAAUGCAACUUGUUCAUUCAUCCAAAAAUAAAUUUCUCAAAGAGAUCUUCCAGGUCGACACAAGCAUGGAUGUUCUGCCUUUUGGCCGUGGGACCAUUAAGCACCUUGGAAAGGAUUCCUUGAAGGGAUCAGAUUCUGGCAAACGCUUGUCUACAUUAGCAGGACAAUUCAAACAGUCUCUGGAGCAGUUGAUGAAAAUCUUGAACAGCUGUCAGCCUUAUUUUAUCCGCUGCCUUAAACCCAAUGACCAAAAGAAACCCAUGCAAUUUGAUAGAGAACUCUGUAUCCGACAGCUAUACUACUCUGGCAUGAUGGAAACCAUACGGAUUAGGAAAGCUGGCUAUCCAAUUCGCUAUAGCUUUGCAGAUUUCUUUCAGAGAUACAGAGCCCUACGGCCGGUGCCAGCUAGAGAACAGCUGAAAAAUGAUGUUCGUCAGAAUUGCAUUUCUAUCUGUAAGAAAGUAAUGGAAGAUGAAGAUUGGAAAAUUGGCAAAACCAAAGUUUUUCUGAAAGAUUAUCACGAUACAGUUCUGGAGGUCCAGCGUGACAAGGCACUCAGAGAAAAAGCCAUUCUAAUUCAGAAGGUGCUCAGGGGAGUCAAAGACAGGAAACAGUUUCUGAAGCAGAGACAAAGUGCUGUAGUUAUACAGGCAGCCUGGAGAGGAUACUUUGCUCGUAAAAAUUUUAGAAUGCUCAUAUUGGGAUUUGAACGUCUGCAAGCCCUUUUCCGGAGCAAACAGCUUAUGAAGAAGUAUGAAGAAGCCCGUGGGAACAUGAUUAAGUUUCAAGCGUUGUGCCGAGGUUACCUGAUGCGCCAGAAAAUUGCUGAGCAGCUGAAAGCUGUGUGUGUGAUACAGGCUUAUGCCAGGGGAAUGUUUGUUCGUAAGACUUUGCACAAAAUGAAGAAGUUACAGGAACAUUUGGCAAUUCCAGAAUCAGAAGAUUAUAGUAAGAAAUUAAAAGUAAAGGAUUCUGAAGAAAACAAACAUGGAUCAAUGUAUGAUGACAUCAGUGAUCAGGAAAUGGUGGACAGAGUAUUUGGUUUCUUGCCUUCUUUCAUUGGAGGGCAAGAAGGCCAAGCUCCUUUGGGCUUUGAGGACCUGGAGAAAAAAACACAGAGACACAAGCUGCAUGAGAUAGACCUGGAUAUGAUCCCCAUAACGGUAGAGCUGAAUGAGGAGGCAGAUGACUUGGCACAAUACAACUUCCCCAAAUUUGCAGCAACUCACUUCCAGGGAUCUGCCACUUAUACACACAUUAGACGUCCACUGCGCCACCCUUUGCUUUAUCAUGAUGAAAAGGAUGAUAUUUUGGCCUCUCUAGCUGUAUGGACCAUCAUUUUACAGUUCAUGGGUGAUUUGCCAGAAAGAGUACGGAAUAUCAACAGCAAGAGAAGUUCCAAGGAGACACAGAUUAUUGAAAGCUUUGGCAAAGAAAGCCAACCGCAACCUGUAAGCAGUUAUCAUCCAGAUAUAGUAGACAUCAAAAAAGCUAACAAGUUCUCCAAGGUAAUUUCUUCUGUGAAAUUGAAGCACAACUCCAAAAUGGCUGAUAAGAUAAAAAGCCAGCUGAUGAAUGGGGAAGAUAUGUUUCAGGAGGAAUGCUCUGAGUCUGAGAGGCCUAUGUCUAACCUUGAAAAAGUGCAGUUUAUCAUUGGAAAUGCUAUCCUGCGUCCUGCCAUCAGGGAUGAGAUUUAUUGCCAGAUCUGUAAACAACUCACUGAAAAUAAAAAUAAAACUAGUUAUCACAGAGGUUGGAUCUUGCUGUCACUCUGCCUUGGUUCUUUCUGCCCUUCAGACCAGUUUGUGAAGUAUCUACUAAAUUUUAUUCGGGGUGGACCAUUAUUGUAUGCACCUUAUUGUUCUGAACGGUUGAGGCGAACUUAUAUGAAUGGAACACGAUCUGAACCACCUAGCUGGAUGGAGCUGCAGGCAACCAAGAGUAAGAAGCCAAUUACACUUAGUGUAAUCAUGAUGAACGGCAACAGUACCAAAGUGCUUGCAGAUUCAGCCUCCACUGCAAAGGAGAUCUGCCAGCUGGUAGCUGAUCAAAUGAACUUAAAAGACAUAUUUGGCUUCUCUCUCUACAUUGCUUUGUAUGAUAAGGUCUGGUCACUAGGCAGUGGACGGGAUCACAUCAUGGAUGCCAUUUCUCAGUGUGAGCAACAGGAAAAAGAGAAGGGUGGACAUGUACAGUAUACUCCUUGGCGUCUCUACUUCAGAAAAGAGAUCUUCACCCCCUGGCACAAUUCCAAAGAAGAUCCCAUCAGUACCGAACUCAUCUAUUAUCAGAUAAUACGUGGCGUCCGGUUUGGAGAAUACUGUUGUGAAAAGGAGGAGGACUUGGUGGAAAUUGGAGCCAAAUACUGUUAUAUCAAGUUUGGAGACUCCAACCAAAAUGAAUUGGUUCAAAGUAUUCUCCAAGAAUGUAUCCCAGCAAAGCUACUGAGAUCCAAAUCCCAAGAGAAGUGGGUGAAUCUCAUCACAUAUGCUCACGCUAAGGCGACUUACACACAGGACCAGAUUUCUCCUCAGUGUGUAAAGGAGCAGUUGGUAGACUUUGCCCGUGAUCAGUGGCCUCUGCUCUUUUCUAGAUUCUUCGAAGUUACUAAAUUUUCAGGGCCCAGUCUUCCAAAGAAACAUUUCAUUGUGGCAAUUAAUUGGAAAGGUGUAUGUUUCCUAGAUGACACUGAAAGAAGACUUCUAGACUUGUCUUUUCCAGAAAUUACUGGCAUCCAUACCAACAGGGGAGUCAAGACAUUCGGGCAAAGCUGCACCCUUAGCACACUGCGUGGUGAAGAGUUUGUCUUGACCUCUGUCAAUAGUGUUGCAAUUGCAGAAUUAAUAGUCAUGUUCCUGGAAGGACUGAAAAAGCGAUCACUUUAUGCGGUGGCAAUACAAGACAAAAAGCUACAAGGUGACGCUACCAUUUUGGCCUUCAAGAAGGGGGACUUGUUGAUUUUAACCAAGGACAAAAGACUAGGAGAAAAUCAAGGCUGGAUCCCUGCUCAAAAUGAGCGAACCAAUGGUUCUGGGCUUGUGUCAUCAGAGACCAUCUAUAUCAUCCCUACAGUUACAAAGCCUUCCAGUCAAAUAUUGAGCUUGCUGAUGAUGUCACCUGAACAACGGAGGUUAGUAUCGCUAAACUCUCAUGUGGAAGAACCCGAGGAAGAGAAUGCAACUGUGAAGUCAUACACUCUGGAAGAAUUCUCCUAUGAGCACUUCAGAGUACCUGAGAAGGAAUCAAUCAGCAAGGCAGUUUUAUCCAAGUCCCGAGGGCGGAGUCAUCUGUGGGCUCAUUCUAGGGAGCCCCUGAAAAAGCCUUUGCUAAAGAAGGUGUGUUCUAAUCCAGACCUCUGGGACUUUGCUUGCCAGACCUUCAUUGCCAUUAUGAAAUACAUGGGAGAUUAUCCCUCAAAGCAAGAGAGAUCUCCUGUGGAACUUACUGACCAGAUAUUUUUAGUGGCAAUUCAGGAAGAUACUCUGCAAGAUGAGGUCUAUUGUCAGAUCUUGAAACAGUUAACAGAAAACCACAACAGGUAUAGCCUGAAUAAUGGUUGGCAAUUACUAUGGCUCUGCACAGGCCUUUUUCCACCUAGUAAAUCAUUGCUGAAACAUGUUCAGAAGUUCAUUGAGACUCGUCUGAAGGAGAAUCUGGCAUUGGAAUGCAGACAUAGGAUCCAAAAAGUGAUGAGGAGUGGCUGUCGGAAGUGGGCUCCACACAGUGUAGAGGUGGAGGCAAUUCAGAAUAAUAUCACCAAGAUUUCUCACAAGAUUCAUUUUCCAAAUGAAACAGAGCAGGUUUUUGAUGUAGGAACAAACACAAAAGUAUGGGAUCUAUGUCAGAUGAUUGGCAACAAGAUGGAAUUGAGCUCCUUGGAUGGAUUUAGCCUCUUUAUCAAGAUUUCAGAUAAGGUGAUCAGCCAGAAUGAAGCAGAUUAUUUCUUUGACUCCUUAAGACAGGUGACGGACUGGACUCGGAAGAACAGGCCAGGAAAGGAGGUGUUUCCCACCACUAUGAAUUACCAGGUCUACUUCAUGAGAAAGUUGUGGCUGAAUGUGAUACCUGGGAAGGAUUUGAAGGCUGAUUGCAUCUUUCAUUAUCAUCAGGAACUGCCAAAGUAUCUGAGGGGCUAUCACAAGUGUUCAAAGGAGGAUGUCGUUCAACUGGCUGGGCUGAUUUUCAGAGUUCGUUUUAACAGUGAUCGAACACAAUAUGCUGCGAUACCUAAAAUACUGAAGGAACUAGUGCCUGAGAACAUGAUUCCAAUACUAUCCCCAGAGGAGUGGAAACGGAAUAUUAUUUCUGCUGUCAGCAAACUUGGGCAAAAAAGUGUGGAUGAGGCCAAAAUCGCCUUCUUGAAGUUCAUAUAUCGUUGGCCAACAUUUGGCUCAGCCUUCUUUGAAGUGAAGCAAACAUCAGAGCCAAAUUUCCCUGACAUAGUAUUGAUUGCUAUCAACAAACAAGGGAUUUCCAUAAUACAUUCAAAAACUAAGGAGAUCUUAGCUCUUUAUCCCUUCAAUAAAAUUUCUAACUGGAGCAGUGGUAGCACGUAUUUUCACAUGACAAUAGGAAACCUGGUACGAGGAAAUCGAAUUCUUUGUGAGACAUUUCUGGGUUACAAAAUGGAUGACUUGUUGACAUCAUACGUUCAUUUGCUAAUGAACAUUGUAAACAAACAGAAAAAGCCCAAUAUCCCUGCCUGAAGAUGCAGCUAUCAUCACACAAAGGUUGUGCCAGAUUUGCAAUAUUUGCUAUCUUGAAAGAAAUGGGACUUGGUUACUUUGUUUUUUGGGUUUUUUUGACCAAAGAGAAGAGAACCAUAUAAUUGCUGUUAUACCAGAAAUAAGUGUCGGUUUCUGCUGACUGCAGCUUAAUCAUACCUGGCUUGACUGCAAGUUGUACUAUCAGCAUAUCAAGAUUUUGUUCCAAACUAUUAUCUUUUUAAUAAUUAUAGCCUCCUUCUUUUGAAAUAUUGAUCACAUUCUUAUUGUAUUCUAGCCAUCAGCAGUACAAGCAUAAAAAGAUGUUUGCUUCCAGUUAUAAAUACAUUAUUUUGAAAGAAAACAGCAUGCUCAUGAGCUGAAGAUUUCAUUUUUGGAGGACUGUCGGAACUUCAUAAAACAAGACUCUGUGUCCUAGAUGCCUUCUGGUCAUUGGAUUCAAUAUUAUUCCCCCCCUUUCCUAUUUCUGGAACACGCUUGCAUAAUGUUAUUAUGAAGACUGACAUCUGCUUAAUUAAUUCUGUAAAUUUAUAUAAUAUUUAUUGUUUGAGAGAGAAUUGCAGUUGUAUUUUUUAAAAUACUAUUUUUUUUUGCUUGCUUUCUAUGAUUUGUAUACUAUUGGACAAGCUUCCACAACGGAACUUCAGCCUACGUAAACAUACCUAAAAUUAUGCUUUGUCAGAUCAUUUCUGACAAACUGUAGAUCCCUACAAACACAGCCUUUGCUCCGCUUUCCCUUUGCCACCAAUUCUUUUGGCUGAAAAUGGUUUUCUUGGAAUAGUUUUGUAUAAGAACAAGGAACAAUGGCCAUGGUUAAUACUGCAAUGCUUUGUGUAAAAGAGGAGACGUUGAAGUUGUCCAAAUCAGACAUUUAUGAAAAUCACAGUGUAUUUGCAUCUGGUUCCUGAAGUAUUUUUAGCAAUUGAUGGAAGCCAGCAUGUUGACUGUUGGCUGUUAUUUUUCCAAAGUAAUCACACACUCUCUUGUAAAUCCAGAGGAAGAUAUAAUGUUCUGCACUUAAUGGCCAUAUACAUACAUAUGUGUGACUGGAAUGAGACAACUUGCUGCGGCCAGCUCAGUGCUGUGAACUCACUGCCUACAGCUUACCACCAAGUCACGUCUGUCAACUCACUGUCAUCAAGUUGCCAGACAACUCCAAAUGGCCAACUCUCUGGGGCAGAUGGGGAGAGAGCCAGGAGGUUGAGCCAGUGGUUGAACAGAGUGCAGAGCAGCAGUAGCUGCUAGCGGGUUCCCAUUUUCACAUACACACCCGUCACUGCUGCUACUGCUGCCACCUAGGUUCGGGCCAAAGAAACCGAGGACGGCAGCAGCAAUAGGGAGGCAGUGACUGCCAGGGAUGUCCCAUUUUCACACACACCAUCACUGCUGCUGUCUCCGGCCUCUUUGGCACAGAGCUUGGCAGCAGCAUGCCAGAAUGUAUAAAAAUGGGAAGCCCCUGGACGCCGCUGCUCUGCACUCUGCCCAACCGCUUGCUCACCCAUCUGUCCUUCUGGCUGUCCCCAGGGAAUUGUCCACCAGCGAGUUGGCUGUGUGGAGUUGUCCUGAAGCAACGUAGCAAUGGUGAGUUGACAGAGGUGAUGGUGGCUGGCUGCAGUAAUUUGGCCGCCCAUCAAGAGGAGACAAAUCAUGUGGUGGCCGUACAUUAUCCUACACCUAUGUGCGAUAGAUUACUAAUAUUUCUGUGUAAGUAAAAUUCCAUACUUUUCAAAAUAUCUUUUUAAAAAAUGAAAUGCAUAAAUAUAUUUUAUGAGAUAUGUCUGUUGCUGAUACUGGUUGCUGUGAAAUUAGAAAGAUCAAGGUGAUAAGGCCUAUUACCAGGAGUGUCAAACUUGAUUUCAUUGUGGGCCGCAUCAGGGUUGUGUUUGACCUUGGAGGGUGUGUAUGGAGUGGGUGAGACCAGGGUGAGUGUGGCCAGCUCACCAUAACUCGUGUCGGGGACACCUGUGGUGGCCUGAGCACUCUGCCAGAGAAAAUGGGCUCCUAAGCUUUUUGGCUGCGAUGAAUGUGGUCCUCCAGAGCUCCGUUUUCACUGGCAGAGGCACUGUGAGCCAGUUCUUCACUGUUUCCAGGGCGCGAUCUAAACACCCCGCAGACUGGAUUCAGCGUUGAGUUUGACACCCCUGCCUAUACUGCAGAAUUUCUGAAUUCUAAAUGUAAAUUCAGCAUUAUGUUGUAACUAAAUAUAUUUUGCAUAUUUCUUUUAUGUUGUGUAUAAUCAAAAUAUUUUAUCCAUUUUAAAACACAAAUGCAGAAUAAAUGCAGUUUUGUUUCUUCCAGAAAAACAUGGUA